UUUUUGCAAAAGUAAAAUAUGAAAAGUGUGCAUGAAAUGCCAGUUAAAAAUGAGUAACAAUACUCUUAAUGCCCGUGUAUUGUUUUGCUCUUUAUCAGCUGAAAGUUUUCUUCUUCCAUCUAGAGUUUGUAACUUGAUAGAGCUAAUUCCGGUGACGCAAAUAGGAGGACUGACCAUCCCACAAUGCAACGCGGCGCACACCUCUUCUUCAUCAACACAUGGCUGGAUUUUUCAGUUCCUGCUAAUAUUUUUCAUACGGAACUUAAACUAUUUGAGCUUUUUGGCCUGUUUUACCUUUACUAAUGAAAGUCAAAGUCCUUUCUCGAAAUCCCGACGAUUAUGUUCGGGAGACGAAACAUGAUAUUCAGCGUGUCCCUAGAAACUAUGACCCCUCCCUUCAUCCGUUUGAGGUGAACAGGGAGUACACAAGAGCCCUGAAUGCCACAAAGUUAGAGCGGGUGUUUGCUAAGCCCUUUCUGGCUUCUCUGGAUGGUCAUAGAGAUGGGGUGAACUGUCUUGCCAAGCACACCGGGAGUCUGUCCACCCUGCUGUCUGGCUCCUGUGAUGGCGAGGUGAAAGUUUGGAAUCUCACCAGACGAGAAUCUGUCCGCACUCUCCAAGCCCACGAAGGGUUUGUGCGGGGAAUGAUUGUCAGACACUGUGGCACUUCUUUUUUUACGGUUGGUGACGAUAAAACAAUAAAGCAGUGGAAAAUGGAAGCACCAGGUUAUGGAGAAGAAGAGGAGCCACUUAACACCAUCCUGGGCAAGACUGUUUUCACAGGACUGGACCAUCACCAAAAAAAGGGUGUGUUUGCAACAUGUGGCCAGCAGGUGGACAUCUGGGAUGAGCAGAGGAGCACCCCGAUCCGCUCCUUCACAUGGGGCGUAGACAGCUUUAGCUCUGUCCGCUUCAACCCAGUGGAAACGGAACUUCUCGGAAGCUGUGCCUCUGACAGAAGUAUAGUUCUAUAUGACAUGAGAGAGUCAGCCCCUCUUAAAAAGGUUAUUAUGACAAUGAGGAGCAACACAUUAUGCUGGAAUCCCAUGGAAGCUUAUUACUUUACAUGUGCAAAUGAAGACUAUAAUUUGUACACAUAUGACAUGAGGUACCUUGAGAGGCCCAUCCUCGUACACAUGGACCACGUCUCGGCAGUAUUGGAUGUCGACUACUCUCCCACUGGGCUGGAGUUUGUGUCUGCCAGUUUUGACAAGACCAUUCGCAUCUUCCCCAAAGAUGUUGGACACAGCAGGGAGGUGUACCACACUAAACGCAUGCAGCACGUCAUCUGUGUGAAGUGGUCAGCAGACAACAAGUACAUCCUGAGCGGCUCGGAUGAAAUGAAUAUCCGUCUGUGGAAAGCCAAAGCAGCAGAGAAACUGGGAGUGCUUGCCCACAGAGAGAGGGAGGCCAUCAACUACAACCAGAAGCUGAAGGAGAAAUACCAGCACCACCCACAAAUCAGGCGCAUAGCUCGCCACCGACAUCUGCCCAAGAGCAUCUACCACCAGAGCAAAGAGCUGAGGGUCAUGAAGGAAGCUCGCCGCAGAAAGGAGACGAACAUCCGCAAGCACAGCAAACCGGGAAGCGUGCCCGUGGUGUCUGAGAAGGAAAAGCACGUCGUCACCGUGGUGACAUAGACCAGCUGGAGGGAAGGAUUAGUGGACCUGGAGAUUGCUGAUGAAGUGAUGGAGGUGGAGACAAAGAUCACACCCACAUGGGGAACUGUUCAGGCCGACUCAGUCCUAAAAGUUUGGGAAAGGACAAGAGAGCAGUCCUGUUUAAUUAUAACUACAAGCCCUGCAUCUGUAAAUCCAUUCAGACGAACAACUACUGACACUUACAUUUGAGCAUCAGUGGGGCUUUUUUUUUUCUUUUUUCUUUUCAGCUUAGAAAAUAAAGUUUCUUUUGAUCCAAUCAGAAAAACGGAACAUUCAUUGUGUGGGUAUUUAACAGCAUCUCUUCAAGUGGUCGAUCAAUUUUUAUUCCAUGAAUGAAGCUCAAAGAAAUCUUGAACUCUGGAGGAAAAGUCACAGUGUUGCAUGAGAGACGGCUUUUGAAAAGUGAUGCUAGUGGGUUUGCAUUGAGGUCAGGGUCUGAGAUCCUUUUAGGAUGGGCUUUAUGAGCAUCGUUGGAGAAUUACUCGACCUAUGACAUAUCCAUUUUUUUCCUUCUCAUUUCUGUACAAUCUCAUGUCAUAUGAACGUGGUGAAUUUCUAAUAAACCUUUUAAAGAU